AUGCAAUUGAAGGGGUUUGGUGUGCUGAUCGUUGGUUUUUUUCCCUUCCCAGGUGGCUUCGGAGACCGAGGUGGCUUUGGCGGUCGCGGCGGUGGUCGUGGUGGCCGCGGUGGCCCCCCUGGCCGUGGCGGUCGUGGUGGUCGUGGUGCUCCUCGUGGAGGCCGUGGUGGCGCGAGUGGUGCUCGGGGUGGUGCGAAGGUUGUCAUUGAACCCCACCGUCACGCUGGUGUGUUCGUCGCCCGUGGUGGUAAGGAGGAUCUGCUCGUCUCCAAGAACUUGACCCCCGGCGAGGCCGUGUACGGCGAGAAGCGCAUCUCGGUCGAGUCGCCCGCUGAGGACGGCGCUGUCACCAAGGUGGAAUACCGCGUGUGGAACCCGUUCCGCAGCAAGUUGGCGGCCGGUAUCCUGGGUGGUCUGGACGACAUUUACAUGAAGCCCGGCGCGAAGGUGCUGUACCUGGGUGCUGCCUCGGGUACCUCUGUCAGCCACGUCGCCGACAUCGUUGGCCCGACUGGUAACGUCUACGCGGUCGAGUUCUCCCACCGAUCCGGCCGUGAUCUGAUCGGCAUGGCGACGCACCGCACCAACGUCAUCCCCAUCGUCGAGGACGCCCGUCACCCGCUCCGCUACCGCAUGCUCGUGCCCAUGGUCGAUGUCAUCUUUGCCGAUGUGGCCCAGCCCGACCAGGCCCGUAUCGUGGGCUUGAACGCCCACAUGUUCCUCAAGGCUGAGGGCGGCGUCAUCGUCUCCAUCAAGGCCAACUGUAUCGACUCCACGGCCAAGCCCGAGGUGGUCUUUGCCCGUGAGGUCCAGAAGAUGCGUGAGGAGAAGAUCAAGCCCAAGGAGCAGCUGACCCUGGAACCGUUCGAGCGUGAUCACUGUAUCGUGGCCGGUAUUUACAAGCGGUCUGCAUAA